AUGGCGGAAGCAAAAGUCAGGCUCGGUAAACCGCCUAAUGAUUUCUUUACUCCGAGGACUCCGAAGAACUAUGUGGCAACCCACGUAACACGUUGGAUUCUAGACCCCACGACCCAGUACCCCAUUUUAUCCUCCGAAUCCCAAGAACAAUGGAAAGAUGUUGGUGUCAUUUACAAGAGCCUCAAUGAUCAAGACCGAUUAGAUGUGAGAAAAUACUUGAUAAACAACGGCAUCGUGGGUUCAGUGGAAGACGUAAUCAAUGUCAAACGUUUCGAAUGGCUUAUGGCGCGUGCUAACUGGCCGGUCUGGUGGAACGGAGAGCUCAUUCGGGCGUUGGAUAGUCAAAACCGUCUGCUGCUUCAUGAAGACGUGUGCCUAAGCCGAAUUGGUGACAUUCUUCAAUUCGAAAGAGAAGAAGGCAGUUUCAAAUCCAAAGUUUCAUUAGAACGGAUGGACGGGACCGGUUACUCCUCUCUUUAUUGGACCAAAGCAACACAAACGUUCACGGAAUGA